UUUAAAUCAAUAAAGAUAUUUCAUGUGAUAAAACAACUAUUAUACUUUAUUAAUCUAUCCACAAUGAAAAUUUUAAUAAGUCUGAUUUGUAGUAUAUUUUCCAUAUGCAACUACACAGUAUUGGUUGUUGGUAAGCCAACACCCGAAAAUCCACUACGAGGCAACCUGUUUAAAUUAAACUCUAACGCAACUAGCAAGCUACGUAAUAUCUACUCAAAUUACGCCAUGCCAGGAACUCUUCAUAAAGGAAAUGAAAGAGAUAAUUUACUUAAACACAGUAUUGACAUGAGAAAUUACAAUAAAAGUUUCAAAAAAUUAUAUAACGAGGAGUAUUCUAAAGUUACGCCUGAUCCAGAACGUUCUAGUUAUAAACCAUAUGUAUACGAAAUUGAAGCUGUACUUUUUGAAAACGAUACAAGCCAAGAGAAACCAGUAACUCGCAUUUACGAUUUUGAUCAAGAAGUAACAAGUUCGAGAAACAGUAAUAAUGAAAAUAAUCAUAAUAAAUCAUUUAACUUAGAUGAAAGUCGUGCAAUGAAUGCAGCUGUAACGGGCAGUACAAAUGCAACCAAAACAUUAAUGAGUUAUAUAACUCAAAAUAUGAAUCAAACAAUGUCUCAAUUACGUGAUAACAAGCAACAUAAAGUGAAAACAUUAUUUAAUUAUGCAAUUGAUUUGAAAACAGAUCCUGUUACUGGUGGAUUUCCAUUUACUGUUACUAACAACAAUAGCAAUCAGGCUCCCAACAAUCACAACAGCAACAUUAAUCUCAAUCAUCACAGCGGUAAAAAUAAUAACCACCGUAAUAAACCUAGCAAUCAUUACAAUAACAAUGACUUUGGUAAGGUUAAUAAUGAACAGAAUAUUUUUGCUAAUACAAAAAAAGCUACAAUGGCUACAUUUAAACCACAAAAAACAGAUUUUCAUAAUUUCUUUGAAAACUUGAUGGCCACAAAUGCGGAAAAUGGACGUACAAUUUCUGACACCCAAACUAUAGGAAGAGAAAAUGAAUUUGUACUACCAUAUGAUUAUUUUGAUUAUGAGAGUAAUAAUAGUCCUAAGCAGUUUCAAGUCAAAUAA